AUGCCCAACGCUCCUCGCGUGACCCGUAGGACGAUUCCCGUCGCGCCUGGCCAGCUUCCGGCGCCCGCGACUAAGCUCGUUAUCACUCAAGUAGUUCAAGCCAGUCAGGAUUCUCCAUUCCGGGCGUUGAUCACCGUGGGGGCGUUUUACAAUAGCGACGAUCAAAUUAUUUGGAGCACAGAGCAGUUUGUUGGCUACCUUGGCGUUGAGUCUGAGCUGAGCGAGGAACAGGCUUCCGAAGCGGAGGAGGAGGAAGACACGGGGCAACAAGAAGCCGAAGCUACGCCUGAGCCUAGUUCAUCACCCGGUACCUUUCAACUAACUACGGAAAUGUCUGGGGGUUGGAAUCCGCUGACAGGCCGCGACUCCGGCUCCGGCCGGCCCGCCUUUGCUCCGUACGGAGCCCCUCAGCCGGCCCAAGGCCAAGCAUACAUUCCUCAUGCUGGCGGGCCCGGCUACACCUUCGGUACGGUGCCUCAGCAGAGCAGUUGGCCUAACAUGACUUAUGGAUACUAUCCUCUAGCCGCCGCUCAAGGGAUCCCGCAGUAUGCCGUGCCUGGAGCCGGCUAUACUCACGCCCAGGGACCGGUAGGCGGCUUCUACACACAGCAGACGUUUUCCUACCAGCCCAACGGCACGGGAAACAUGUUCCCUCGCCAGCCUCAGCCAUAUCCUAAUAUCGAUCCAACCAUGCCGGCCGCCCAGAUGACGAACACAACUGGAGGCACGGGCUGCGAACCGGGCUACAACUACUUCUUUCCCGCUGAGCACACAAAAGCUCACGUCUUCAAGACAAACACGCCUCCCUGGCAGCUUCCGCCCACCGCACAGAUCCCCUUCAAGGCAGCGCACAUCCCGUGCAACACCACCAUGGCCGAGCUGCUCAAGGGCUUUGGCUGCACCAACGCAACGCCCAAGAAGAACAAGUGCUUCGAGGUUGUCAGCGGAGGAGGCGGCAAGUGGUACAAAGGCCUGGAAGUCAACGGCGCGGAUAAGGACAUGUUGAAGAAGACGAUCAAGGACGUGGGAUGGGAUUCCACGAGGACUGGCAAUCCGAAUGAGAAGCCUGUUGUUUGCCUGUGGUUCUGCAGAGAUUGA